AUGUCUACUUCAAGCGGAAAGACCACCAACCCCGGGGAGAUGAUGAAGUACCUUCAUGACAAGAUCACCGAGCUCGAGAAGCAGAAUCGACAGCUUCUCGACCGACAGAAUGAUCUCUACGAGAAACUUGAGGCACGAGAAGAGGAACUUGCAGCAGUUCAAAAUCUCACACCUGCAUCCUCUAUCAACAACAACAACAUGCCAAAAUUCCCCAAGCCUGAAUCAUACGAUGGUUACAAGGGUGAUGUGAGGAACUUUCUCACACAAGCCCAAGCUUACCUACGAGUCAACGAAAAAAUCUACACGACACCUGAGUCACAGAUUCUUUGCAUUGGCAACCUCUUGACUGGGAAAGCAAUGGAAUGGUGGGAGCCAACCCUCCGCGCACAUCUUAAGCACGGCGCCGAAGCCGGAGUGGAAGUUGUCCACAUCUUCUCUGAUUACGAAACCUUUGAAGAACGACUUCUCGCUGCAUUUGGAAAAAAAAGGGAAAAGAGGGGAAGGAAGAGAAUACUUACCGGACGAAACGAAAUGGCCUUGAGGACAAGACCAAUGGGGGAGGAGUAUUAUGUUACGAACCAAGGGUACCUGAAGCAGUUGGCCGGCGUCAUGGGCCGCCAGCAUGCAGACAAGAAUGGGGCCCGACGGGAUCGCAGGUCACGUGAGGGGAUCAGAUGGGAUCAGACGGAGAUCUGA